AUGCGCUCACAUCAAUUGAGUUGCACGCUUGCCUUGCGGGGCUGCAACUUCCCGCUCGCGUUUUCAACGCUGGCGCGCGUUGGGAAUUCAUGUAAUGCUCUCUUCGUGCAGCAUUUGCUUCAGGUUUCGAGACUGAGCUUUGACCAGUUCGGCUGUGGGCGGCUGUCUGGCACACCCGACGACUGUGGUGGCUACAUACUAUGUCUGUCCACGUUGUUUUCGCCAGGAGUCGCUGUGCAAGGCCACACUUGUAUCCCCUUUGCACGGCUUGCUUGCCGUUUACCGUCCACGUUUGAAAGACUUGGAUCGCCAGCCUCUGUUCCGGAGAGCGACCUCCAUCCCCCAAGUUCACAGCCGCUGCCCCAAGGCGCUGUCGGAGAUGACGGGUGCGAAGGUCCCAACGAACCUGACUGGCUCAAGCACCAAAUUUGCCACUCGCCUUUGGAGGAUCGAUCUUUCACCUUGCUCUGUGAGGAGUUCACCCUUAGGCUGAUGUUGCCACAAAAAAUCUCCCACACCUGCGUUGCCCUUGGGAAGAUUCGGCUGCAGAUUUCACAAUGA